AUGUCUACCCCAGAGCCACUUCCACCAGCUGAUUUCAAACCACGCCACUGCUCAACUGAAACUACUGCUUCACUCGAUACUAUCAAAGAGGACGUCCACAGCUCUACCGACGAAGACCUUCUUAGCUGGGAAGACUGCCCCGAAAGCGAUUCUCAAAAAGGAGUCGAAGAGAUAAAUGACCAGACAGAAGGUCUGGAAGAAAAACGUCCUUCUGACAAAGAAAGACUCCAAACCAUCGAAGAAAAAGUAGAAGAGCUCUUCUGCGACAAGGAGAUCACAGCGCAGCUUUGGAACGAUGACCCGCAAAAGCGGCAAAGAAGACCAUAG